AUGAGUGGUGACCUAACUUAUACGCAUUAUCAAAUGGCUACGAAUGAUUUUGCCAAUGAUUUGAAAAGUUUAUCUUUAUCUGAAACAGCAAAUAAAUAUUCAAAUAUAAUUGAACGUUUAAUUAUUCAAUUAAAACAUGCAACACCAAAUGGAUUAAUGGAAAAUAAACCAUUUGGUGUUGUUAUUAUUGAUAAUUUAUAUCGAAUAAUUCCAAUUUUUGAUAAAAAAUUAUCAGAUGAUAAUGAAAAUUCGCAUCAAACAAAUUUAUUUUUAGAAGCAUUAUCAAAUACAUUUCAUGGUUUAUGUUUAUUAGAAUUAUUUCUUGCAAUUAAAGAUUCAUAUCGUCUUGAAAUUAUUUUUCAUAAUUAUAUUCCUUUACUUAAAGAAAAUUAUUUUACAAAUGACAAUAGAUAUGAUCAUCUCGUUAAUUGUUUAUUACCUAUCAUUGCUUAUUCAAGUCCAUUACUUCCAGUUAAUGAAGCUGAUCUACCACCAAAUUUUCUUUCAUUUUUACUUGAAUUUACUAAAAGUAAUUGGCAAAAUCAACAAAGAAAUACAAUUAUUAAUAAUAUUCUUCAUUUAAUAAAAGUAUUUAGUAGAACACCAACAUUAGUACCAAUGGUAAUUCGUACUGAAUGGCCAAAUGCAUGUAUUCAAUGGAUAAAAGAAACUGGACCAAGACCACUAUAUGAAACUGAUUAUUUAAUUAAUCUUAUUUUAUCAAAACUUGCUCGACAUACAAUUUCUGUUGAAGUAUUAAACCAAUUAGAUUGUAUUAAUGCUCUAACUGAAAGUCAUGAACAAAUGGAAAAAGAUCAUAAUGAAGAAGAUUAUUUAUGUAUUCGUUUUAUUCAAUGUAUAACUCAUGCUUUACUUGAAGAAGCCAGUACAAUCAAACAAAAAGUUAUUGUACCUAAUAAACAAGGUUGUCAUAUACUUGAUCAAAUGAUUUCAUUUGUAAUGACUGCUUCACAAACUGGUGUAUAUUUUUACAAAUGUUGUCAUGUAGCAGAAGUUUUAUGUGCUUUAAGUAAAUUAUUUAUUAAUGAUGAAUUACUUAUCAAAUGUUUAAAUGAACAUAAUCAAUUAUUAGAUUGUUUAUGUCAAUUACUUAUUAAAAAUGCAACAAUGACACAUAAUACAAACCGACUUGAUCAAUUUUUGAAUGAUGAAACAUUAAUAGGAUUAGUUAAUCUUUUAUGGAGUAUAUCAUUUCAUGAAUCUUAUCAUGAAAAAUUCAAAUCAAAUAUUAAUUUUAUGAAUAAAUUAUCAAAUUUAGCUACAUCAUCAUUAUUAUAUACAACUACACAAAUUAAAGCAAUUCCACGUGAUACAAGUUCAAUAAAAAAAGCAGCCGAAGGAAUUUUAUGGAAUUUAAAAUUUUCAUAUUUACCUACAACAAAAGAAAAUUCAGAACAACAAUCACAUAUUAUGAUUAGUUAUUCACAUUGUAAUUCAAUAUUUUGUCAUGAACUUGUUGAACAUUUAUCUAAUCAUAUACCUGUUUGGGUUGAUUAUAAACAAGAACAUAGUAGUAUUUAUUCAGAUGAUCUUUGGGAAGAAAUUGCUGGUGCUAUGGAAACAGCUACUAUUAUUGUUUUAAUUGUAUCAAAAGAAUAUUAUGAUUCAAAAUCAUGUAGACAAGAACUUUCCUAUGCUUGUGAUACAUUAAAAAAACGUAUUGUACCUGUAUAUCCUCCAAAUCAAACUUAUAAAGCAAAUGGUUGGCUUGGAAUUCGUAUAGCUGGACAAAAAUAUGUACAUUUUGGACGAAGUAUUUUUACAAGUGCUCUUCAUGAACUUCUUUCUAUUUUGGCUGUUGAUCAAAAGUCUAUUACAACACAAAAAUCAUCCAAUAAUAUAAUUUCAACAAAAUCGGAUAAACAAGAAAAUUCAUUAAAAAAUUGGGUAUCAAAAGAUAUUCAAAAAUGGUUUAAUGAUAAUCAUAUUCAUAAUGAUUUAAUUACACUUUUUGCUGAUGAAUUUCAUACAGGUACAGCAUUACUUGUUUAUGCUCGUCAUUUAAAACAAUUUUAUCGAGAAGAAUAUGGACAAAUAUUAGCAAAUUAUUAUAAAAAAUUUAAUGGUAAACGACUUCAAACAGUUGAUUUUAUUACAUUUGUUGAUGCAUUUUGGCGAUUACGUGAAGAAUAUGAUAUUCAACAUAGAAUCCAAGAUGCUUGGGAUAAAUGUAAUAAACAACAAUUAUCACAUGCAACAAACGAUUCUAAUGGAGAAACAAUUUGUUUUUAA